GUUAACGUUUCGGAACUGUAAUUGAAGCUCUAGUACGUAUAACAUUGCGUAUACAUAUCGGAGAGACCCCGUCUUCGAUAUUGGUUAGUGCAACAUAGCGGGAUGAAAACCAACUUCACAAGGUCGAAGCACGCUCUCGCCAAUAGACCGGAGUAGAUAUGCUUACGUCCUUAACCGCGACCUACGACUCGAAAGAUUUCUUCAAGAACUGGAAACUCUAUGUCUGAUAGAAGAUAUUAUGGUCAACGUCCGAUCUUCACACGUUACCUCGAGAAGACAAUGACAUGCGUACCACUUGCCUCUCUCGCUGCAGCUUUCUGGCAUUGCAAUGUCGUCCAGUUGAGCAGCAACACCUUGGGCCGUCUAAUUCCAUUUGUUCGAUAUGUGUUUUAAGCUGACCCCUUCAAACUCCCUUGUCAAGCAGAAAAUGAUGAAAAACAGCCUGGACCAUUUCGUUCUUCUAUCAAGUGCUGGAGCGCCAUUGCCAUUGGCAAUCCCACAACCUCGGCAACUGAUGCUCAAUUGAAUCAACGUGAAACGCGAGAAGGGCCUCGAGUCUCGACUAGCGAAGUAGUGAGCACUGGCAGAGACGACGGAUGAAGGACAGCUCCCACCACAGCUCUCGUCGUGCUCUCAUCGAAUCCACUGUCUUCGUUGUCAUUUCCUAACACCAUGGUUGGUAACCCACCCAAACUCUCGUACACAGGCCACUGGAAUUCGUCAAAAAAUAGCGACUUCCCGGAUACAGGCUCGCAGUUUCGUCAAGGUGACACCAGUAGCGGGUUCUCAUGGUAUUCAAGUUGGACAUCACAACUUAUCCAGGAGUCCAGAAAGAACAUGAAACAUAUCAUCGAUAUGAUUGCGUCGACCAAGCACCGACUCACAAGUCAUUAAUUUCCCAGACUAAGCUGAAACCUCGCUACCAGGGAGCUCAGUAGGACGGACCUCGUGCAAACCAUCACAACAGACCCCGAUCGGCAGUACUAGUGAGUCAACCAUACAUUGAUCAUUCACCAUUACCAUAAAGCCUUUCACUCGCCCGCGCACCCGCACCUUCACCACCGGGAUCCUUUGGAUGAACGCUUCAUCCUUGAUAUGUUAUCAUCCAAUGACAAGAGAAGAUCCAACCGUGAGAUUCGCUCACAGGCGGAGCGUCUGCAUACCAGGGCGACCUUACGCCGAUCUUACAAUCUCCGGGUGUAUGACUUUGAUUUUUUAAUCUGGUGAAGAGGCACUGCAAAGGGUGAUGUAAACUCCUAUAAAGCUUCCACAUACAACUUUACGGGACAGCUAUCCACUAUCGGCUACCCUCCCUGAUUGACUCCAUCCAGUCGCGAGCAACAUGAGCUCAAGCGCCGGGCUUCCAUCUCCGCUCCUCACGGGCCCUCCGAUUGUCGCCCUGAGCAUUAAUUGUAUGCUCUUCGCAGUCCUCACGAUACAGAUCUACGUCUAUGAAGUCAGGUUUCCCCGCGAUCCACGGUCACUCAAGAUCUUCGUUUGGUUGGUUUACAUCGGGGAUUUGGUACAACUUAUCCUUCUCCAUAUGUUCUGUUGGGACGUUUCGGUCACUGGACUUGCCGUUCAGGGAGGCGCUCCGACCCCUCAGCCUAAUGCGGGGGCUCACACUAUGAUGACCAGCGUUAUUGCCGCGAUGAUACAAGGUUUCUUUGCUUGGAGGAUCUACUCACUACGGAGGGAUAGCGUGAUCGAUAAGAUCGUCGCGGUCAUCAUUAUUCUCCUCGCAUUGUUGCAAUGUAUUGCAUGCCUCCUUGGAGUCAGCUUGUUCUUUGCAGUAGGCACAAAGGCAGCCGAUGUAGCUAAUCUCGAGCGCUUCCAGUUAUUCCCUCAGAUCUGGUUAAUCAGUUCGGUCGUAUGCGAUUUACUCAUCGCAGUCGCCAUGUCAUGGAUUCUCAUCGCCUUCAGUCGCGCGUCAGAGAUCAAGCGUACCCGGUCUAUCCUUCAAAGUUUGAUCUUAAGAUCCGUGGAAACUGGGACCGUUACUUUCGUGUUUACAUUGGUCAACUUGAUUUUAUUUUUGAAGAUGCCAGAGAACUACGUUUACAUGGUGUUUGACAGAACCUUGUCGAAACUGUACUCCAAUGCGCUCUUCUUGAGUCUUAACGCAAGGCAAAGCGGAGCUGAUGUCAGUACGACGAACUGGAGUGAUAACACCCGUGGCAGCUUCGGAAUGGUGCACUUAUCUUCAAAUCGCCUUUCUCGUCAUUACGGGGCGAACAUGGACACUCUUCAAAUCACUACAGAUACCGUAACUGACCACACGGAAACCCAGCUUGAUUCUCAGGUGUUCCACAAGGGGUCUUUGAAGUCCGAUGUUUAG